UUGGUACUCAUUUGUAAAACGAUAAUUGUUAGAGAAAAGUUAUAUUUGUGGUGUGUCUUUAAAAUUAAAAUGAAAUUCUUCAGUAUAAUUGCCGUAUUAAUGGCCGUGAUAUGUUUAUUUUCGGUGAACUCCGCACCCGCUCCUGCCCCAGUCCCUGGCAAGUUAACGGCUAUCAAGACAGCCGGUCGAUAUAUUGGGAAAGGUCUGAAAGCGAUUGGCGCAGCAGAUGCAAUUUACGACGGAUAUCGCUUCAUCACUGGGAAAAAACACUAACUAAAUGGCUCGUUUACGAUUUUUAGCACUUACAUCAUAGUAUUCUUAUUUUAGCAGUCAUGUUGAUUUUGUUAGAGCUAGAUUAAUA